AUGUCCCAGCCGAACGGACAAGCAGACCUGGUGCCCAAGGUCACCGAUAUAAGACCCCUCCCCUUCAGGUCGCCGGAGCCACCACAGCACUCUAUGGAUGAGAUCAGUGUCCAAGGCGGGGUGAUAAUAGAUAAUACAGAAGAGCAUCGUAUUAUCUCUGACGAGUCUGCACCGCAAAGCUCUACCACAGAUAACCCACAAGUUCUGCAAGAUGUUGCCUCUCCAGAAUCGCCGAGCGACGCCGGUUGGAUGGUGUCUGAUAAAGAAGCCGUGGACUCAGACAAGGAUACCAUCGAAAAUAUGUCUCUUGGAGACUUCCAGAUGCGCGAAGAAACUCCGGAACCUGCAAUCAGCAAUCCCCUAGAAGCCUAUGGGUUGCAAUUGAUGCGCCUUGAACCACAAGGGAAAACCCCUUUGACGCCGGCUCGUCCAGAACAACCGGAGUCUGGAAUUAAAUUAUUACAACAAGACUAUGCAUUGCGUUUCAAGCUUCUCGAGGAGCAGACCAAAACCCGCCUUAUCAUGGCUCGUCAAGAACAGCCGGAACCUGCAACUAGUUCAACCCAACCAGACUAUGACUUGCAAUUGAGGCUCCUCGAGGUGCAGAACAAAAGGCGCCUUGACAUGGCUCGACAAGAACAAUACAAGUUCCGUACCCCGCCGCCGCACCUUGAUACACAAAGAGACGAAUCUUCUGAGAUGAAUGGUCAAGAACAGCCGCAACCUGCAAACCGUCUAGCUCUACAAGAUUAUGGGUCACAGUUGAUGCUCCUCGAGGCGCAAAACAAAAAGCGCCUUCAGAUGGCUCGACAAAAACAAUCCCCACUCGAUAUCCAGCCACCACAGACUCAAAUGAAGAUGAAGGGGCCUCCAGGGCCUCAUGUUAUGGCCGUUAUGCCCCCAACACAAGGAAAUGCAACUGCAGGGAGCGGAAACAUGAUGGCAACUCUGCCACCCGGAGCUCGAUACUUUAUACCGGCCUCUCCGGCCAAUCCAGCGGCUAUGAAUGUGAAGAUUAUGCCUAAUUCGGGAGCCCAGCCUACAACUCUACCAAUGUCACCGAGCCCUCCAGAUCCUGCGAUCCUUGCUCUACAAGGGCAACUGAGAGAUCUCGUGAUUACAAACCAAGUACUUCGACGGCAGUUGAACGAUGCAAAGGGGGUCAAUUUCGCUAUAUUCCACUGCAUUGUCGGUCAAGAAGAAGAAGGGACCUAUCUUGAGAAGCCACACUGGACAAAAAGUGGUGAAAAGUUACAGCUCAAGGCAUACGCACCAUUACUUUAUCCUGAUGCAUACAUUCUUUACAAGCCUCUCGCCUUUGUUAUUUACAAAUAUUACUCACCCGAUAUGUCGACAGAGGCCAGCGAAAUCUUACAGCAAGGUGGCGAGAUGCCAGGGCCAGAGCCAACCCGUGAGGUCAUAAAGCUCUUGUCGGACGAUAUGAUAAAAGCAGUAGAGUUAUUUGAGAAAGAGGAUGAAGAAGCACAGAAGAAGCUUCCGUGUCUUUCCGUCGAGAAAGAGAUGUCAGCGCCGUACCUAUGGUGGUACCACUACCGCGACAACCGAAACAGAAUUUCUAACCUGCCGAAGCCAGAAGCUGAGCUCGUUCACCUUUUGACCAAUUGGAUAGAUGCCAAUUAUAGUGAGCUCUAUGAUCAGAUUGAUAGCCAAUUCAAGCGCGGCGCGGUCUCCGCCACAUCUCUGCCUUUCUUGGUCCAGCCCGGCGACGUUUUGGUUCGUUGGGAUGCGGAGGGCGUCGAAGCCUUUUUGGCAAUGUCUUGGUUGCAUAAAAAGAAGAAAAACUCCGAGAUACAAGAGCAUCUAGAAGAUUCGGACUGGACCUUCCUAUCGGCACCUUGGUCGAAGAAAUUCGAGAGUUGGGAAGUUGACGCCUGGUCAUACGUGUAUAGCGGGAACUUUUAUCGGGUGGUGGGAAGACUCGAUAUAAAUCUUGACGUGGAUGAAGCUGGUACGGAGAUUCCCAUUGUGAACUUGAACGUGUUCCCGCUCCGAUUUGCCUCGCAAGAGUUGCGAGAAAGGCUGGAGCGGCGAGGCAAGAUCUUCUGGAACUGUGGAUAUGGCAACUACAUCUCAUACGAUAACCAGAACAAGAACGAAGAGCAUGCUCAGGAAGAGUGCUACAUGAUAGACUGCCGUGUAUACUAUGAAUCAACGCCUAAUCAACGCGCAACACCUGAAGAAAAUGCCUCAAUACGCGAAUUCAAGGUGGAAUCCCGGUUUAUACCGGGAGAGGAGAGCCCAUCAGAGCCCGACGUGUAUCUUUUUCCUCGAACAAUCAUCGGCUACCAUCUACAGCGCAAGGAAUGGAAUCGCCUAAAUGUCGAUCAAAUCCAGGAAAUGCCUUGGAAUGAGAAAGCAUUUAGCAAUAUCGCUGAAGACGUCGAGAUUGAAGAAUUAGUUCGGGCUCUUGUCGCAACCAAGAUUGCUGCACAAGUAAGAACAGACGCGAUACAUAAGAAAGGCGACACCCUCAUCACGGUCCUUCACGGAGGCCCAGGAACGGGAAAGACAUUCACGACUAAGAGUAUUGCUGAGCUAGCAGAGAAACGCCUCCUAGAGGUGAAAUGCAGCAAACCCGACAUCACAGCCAAGCGUCUCAAUUCAAUGUUCUACCUCGCCGGACUUUGGGGAGCUUUACUUAUGAUCGAAGAUGCAGAGGCUCUCCAAGAGCAGCGCCCUCUGGACGGCCCGCCACGUGAUUCGUUCGUCUCGGACCUUUUACGCGAAAUCGAGCGCUAUGAUGGCAUCAUUGUCUUUACUUCAAAGAGUGCCGGUGACCUUGAAGAGUUGCUCAAGUCACGCUCACGGCUAUCUGUACCCUACGAAGCACUGACUCAGCCACGACGGGCACAGAUCUGGCGCAACUUUUUGAGUCAUAUCGACUCCCGGGGCGAAAAGAACAUUGACUUUGAUGGCAUUCAUACUCACAUGGGUGAACUGUCAGAACGAGUGAUGAGCGAACAUCAGAUCUGUAGUGCCAUCACUACCGCCUGGCAGUUGGCUCAGUUCCAAGGCAAAAUGAUGACCAUCGGUCACUUGAGAUGUGUUAAUAGCUUCGCCGACGAGCAUAUCCCGUUUUCGUGA